AUGCGAACUGAUUGUACCUGGACACGGCGCAAGUGUUGUAUCACCUGGAGAAACAACUUAACCCGGUUCCAGCCAUCGUGCACGAUAAGAGUCUUUUUUGUUUUCUCGCGCUCUCCGCACUUUUUGUUCCCCAGCAGAGAAUCUAUCACAAAAUCCAAUUCUCUUUCUCCACCUCGAGAGUUGGAGGCCACCCAGACGUCUCUUCAGAUCUCCAUCGGCAGAUCCGGCAAAUACAUUCCACGGUCAGGUCCACCAUGGCGAAUUCUCCAACUCCCACGAGUCGCCCGAUCUAUACCACGCCUGGAACAAGUCCUGCAAUGGAGCCCACCUGCGCUCUCAUGCCCAACAAUCAAUCAGGAUGCGGAGAAGCACCGUCGAAGCAUGGCAUACCGCUCUUCCCUACGGCCUACGGUGUCAUUGUGGCAGUCAGCUGUGUCAUUAUCAUGGUGGCAAUGUUUGGACUGCUUUGGGUCCUGAGACGCAAGCAGCAACUCGCGCAGCUAUACGCGGGUCGUGGUGGCUGGGAGCAUGGCGACGAGAUCGAAUUGAAGCCACGGC